AUGUUCCAGGAUCGAUUGGUUACUAGAUAUUUCAAAUUAUAUUCAUUGCAAUACGUUUGCAUUGGAGUAUGUCUGUUUUUCUUUUUUUACAGUGAAUUUAUCUUAGUACCAAGAACUAAUCGAGUCAAGUUUAAACUAGAUGAUUCUAGUAUAUCCAAGUCCUAUGUUGCGGAUGAAGUCGUUUCUGGGGCUGAAUGUAUUGGUAUCAGUGUUUUGGUGAGUACGUUUGUCGUCGUUGUUCAUUGCCUGGUUGGUGAUCUGUCUUUGAAGAAAGUUAAAGAUACUUCUAGCAACAAGAAUGAUCCCAAUUGGCUAACCUCGAGGCCAAGGAGUAUCUCCAAGCAGAUGCAUUUGUUGCAUCUGAGUUUGGUUUGCCUUGGGUUGAUUCUUACUAUCAAUGGGGUUAUUACGAAUUCGUUAAAAUUGUUUAUAGGUAAUCUACGUCCGGACUUCCUAGAGAGAUGUCAGCCGAUGAUUCCAAAGGGCCAAGAGAAAGAGUAUUAUAACCUUGAUGUGUGCAAACAAGCUAACAAGGGGAUAUUGCAUGAAGGUUUGAAGAGCACGCCAAGUGGGCACAGUAGUUUUAUUAGCAGUGGGAUGGGAUUCAUAUUUUUAUGGCAAUGCUAUUUUGUUAACGGUAACAAGGUAAGGCAUCUGUGGUGUGUAGUUUUAGCUGUGGUAGUGAUGAUAUCGAGGCUGACGGACCAUCGCCAUCACUGGUAUGAUGUGUUGUUUGGAUCUAGUAUUGGGUUAGCGACUGUAUUUUUAUGUUGGAGAUGGGUUUUCGUCAACAAACAGUUUGGCAAGAGUCCAUUGGGGGUGUAG